GGGGAGCGACCCCGCCUCGUCUCCGGGCGUUGGGAGCGCGGGCAGGGCGGGCACGGCGCCCCCGCGGCGCCCCGAAAUGGCGCCUCGCGGCCUCCCCCCCCGGCGGCGCCGCGGCGCCCAGAGCCGCGGGCAGGAGCUGUCCGCGCCGCUUCCCCCGGUGGCGCGUUGAUACGGGUAAAUUCUGAAGAAAACACCACACUCCCUUGGAAGAUGUUUCAGCCUUGCUGCAGCAACUACUCUGUUGGUUUGCUGUCCUAAGCAAUUGGAAGUAUGAAUUUGAUGGUUCCCGUCCAUCCAGAUUAAAAAUUUAGGUUUAAAAAUGUCUGACCAGAAAAUUAUUGUGCACAGAGCCCAUUGUAUUGAAAAGCUACUGUCUGAGAAUAAUUUCCAAGAUAUUGAAAAUCAUCUUAAAGCGCUUGAAGGUAUUAAUAUGACUGUAGAAUAUCUUCAGGGGACAGAAGCUGCCAAGACGGUAUACCGAAUACUCAAGAGCUGCCCUUCAGCAGUGUUGAAAAAGAAAGCAAAGCAUUUAUUAUCUAGGUGGAAAGCACUUUACAAGAAUAACCAUGUUCACUCAAUGCAAGUUAAAAAGUCAGGCUCUAUGUAUUUGGAAGAAGACAAUGAACGUAAUGUGAUUCCAAAAGAACAGUCACUGUCAGAUGGAGCAUGUCAGCAGGAGGUAUUAGAUGCUACUAGUUCUAGAAUUUUGGUCCCAUCACAAAAUAUUGACAAAAAUUUACAUAAUGAUCCAGAAAGCAAUGUGGAUAAUCAGCUUUCUCUUUUUGAAAAACAGCAUACAAGUAAUGGAGAUUCUAAACCUCUUGUUGAUGAAUCAAGCUUGCAGCAGGGUCACAUGAAAGCUCUGAGGUAUAAAUGCACAGAUCUUCUUUAUAAAGCUUUGACUGAUUCUACUGAAGAUGAAAAAGAAAUCAAGAAGUGGCUAAAGCUGUCAAAAGAAAUUGAAGAGCAUGUAUUUGCUCUUCAUGCUAAAAAUGACAAGAAGUAUAAAAAUUGCAUCAGAAGCAAAAUCUCUAACUUGAAGAACCCUAAAAGUUGUCACUUAAAACAUAACCUUUCUACAGGGACUUUGAGUCCAAAGGCCUUUGCUGAGAUGACAGUGAUGGAAAUGGCUAGUGAUGAACUGAAACAGCUCAGGGCUCUUUACACAGAAUCUUCUGUUCAGGAACAUCAGCUUCCACAAGUCAUAAACGGCACACAGACAAACAAAAUAAAGUGUAGGCGCUGUGAAAAAUUCGAUUGCACUGUCACAAUGAUUGCCAGAGGAACUCUCUUUCUUCCAGGUUGGGUGCGAAACACAAACCCAGAUGACCAAAUGAUGACUUACGUUAUUUGUAAGGCAUGUGGAGAACAAUGGUAUCAUAGCAGAUGGGUCUGUUUGUAAUAUUGUAACUCUUUAUAAGUGAUUUAGAAACAAAAAUUGCAAAAUGUUAAAAUACUUCUGCAUGGAUAUGAGAAGGCAUCUCUGUUGAAACUGUAUAAUUUAUAGUUUAUGUUGAUAUUAUUAUAUAGAUGCUGCAACUAAUAAAUUGCAAGAUGCCAAUUAAAAAAAAA